UUGAAGGAAUGUAUGAGUCCGGGGAUUGCUGGGGGUGGGCUCGUCUUCCGCGAAAAUAGAGCCAUGCUUCUCUGCUUCUUGCUCGAUCUUCGAAACAUUUCCUCGGCUCAGCUCAAAGAUCUGAAGGAGAGUUUGCUGCAGCUUGCUGACCUCUACGCGGUGGGCUAUGUGGGAAUGGAGCGAGUGUUGCGGACGGCGGAGACGACGGUGCUCCCAGAUCGGAUUGGGUUAUGUUACAUCCAGAGGAACGAAUCAUCUUCAUGUUCAUCUUCUUCUGAGCUGAAGAUAGCAUAUAAGCCUGGAGAAAACUUCAGUCUUCGUGAUUUCCAUCAAGCUGUCAAUAAUUUGCCCAUGAAUUUUCCAACAGAAUGUAGCGCGUGUGUGCCUACAACAUAUGAUAAUGAAGUUGAACUUUCAAUCAGAAAGCUUUUGAGAGAUGAAUUCUUUUAUGUAUGGGAUGGUAAAGAUAUACUAAAGAAAGUGAUUGUAACUGCUACCUCUUUUUUCAUAAGCUCUGAUUCUCUUCAGAAUAUUUCCACGGAUGCAGUCACCAAGCAAGUUUCAAUUGAGUUUGUCGUGCUGGAAGAGGAGGCCAUUCUGGAUAAUGGAUAUUCCCAAAAGCUCAGCAGAUUCGAUGAAAUCUUCGACCAGCAUCAGAACUGUGUUAUUUAUAGGCAUAUUGCUGGCACUUGGAUCCUAUCUGGCCUUGUUAAGAGGUGGUUGCAAGAUGUACGGAAUGAAGUAGAAGCACUGCACGCUGCCAUUGUCUUUAAGCAUGACAUUUGGGGAUCUUCAAACCAAAUACCUUGUAGAUUGUCUGCUUCCACUGCUAUGAUUGCUGAUGGAAUCGCAUCUUGUGAGACGUGCAGAUGCCAUGGAUGUCCCAUCAGCGAUGCUUGCAAGAAGACAAAAAAUAACGUUUGUCCAAUUACUUCCUCCGAGCUUGGGGAGUCUGAUCUGAUUAGGAAUGCCGUUACAGUUGGAGGAAAUACUUUGCUGUUUAUACCUUCCUUGCGAAGUUCAUCUGAGCUCCACAGAAUCAGUGGUCUUAUUACGUUAAAUGUUAUUGAACGCACAAACCUGGCCUCUCUAAAUGAAGGUGUAAUUAUGGGAACAUCUUAUAUUGUUACUCCGAUGUAUCAUGAUAAGGAAGCUGCUUCUAAUGAACACGAGAUGAAUGUGCAAAUUUUCCAGGGACUCUGUGAAUAUCUUUUCUAUCUGGAUGAGGGGCUUGUAUGUUCAUCAUCUUGUAACCUAGAGACUAUGACUAAUGGAAGCUUUAUGAACUUUUAUAUUCUACAGCCUUCAUCCCAUGGAUCGAUGCUUCUGAGGAGGCUUGCUGGUUCAGAAGAAAUCUUCCCAAUCUCUAGUCAAACAAAGCAAAUAACUUUAUCUGAGGAAGUAAAGAACUCCAUACAGGCCUCUUUGUCCAAGGUUGAGCUUCGAGACUACAAUCCUCUCGAACAUGAAAGGGGCCUUUAUCCACAGCUUAACUGGUUAGUUAAAGAAAGCGUGCAGUUUGGAUCAGUACCAACAACACUCGAAUCGAGUCCUAAGCUUGCAGAUAAUCCACAUCGUCAAUCAUCUACUCCACAGAAACCCUCAGUAAUCGUACUAUCUGAAGAAGAAAAUGAAGAUUGUCCGAACCCAAACCAAGAUGAGAACGCAUUUUCCUGCAUUACAGAUGAGUGGGAGAAGCUCCUUAUUGUUGAUUACAUGAAUGAUAACAUUUCUGCUGGCAACAGCAUUUCUGUGCCAAAAACUCGUAAUUCUUUACUAACUCAUGAAAAACCAUUAGAUGAAAGAACCAGCAGAAUUCUUGAGAGGCUCGAAGCCCCAAAAUACUCUCCAUCCAUCUCAGCCAAAGUGGUCGGUGAACAGAAGAAAAAUCCCACAGUAACAUUUCAUCCAAGCUCCAGUCAACCGCUGAGGCCCAACUUUCAGAGGCCUAAGAAGAAGCUGAGGUAAUUCUCUUAUUGAGCAUGUCUAUGAUCAUUUUUUUUUCUUCAUAAAACAAUCAGAGAUAGUGAUUAUUGCUAUUAGUGAUUUGAUUAUGAUUAGCAGCUAACUAAAUAUAUUUGGUUAUUUGACAGUGUUUAAGUAGUAUAAAAAGUAAUUAACCGC